GUAAUUUCCGGUGAGUUUCUGACGCUUCAGAGUUUAGCUUAGAGCACGGCAGUAGGAGUAAAUCCCGAAAGUCUCCUGAACAACAACAUGGCUCUGAAUCGGAAUCAUUCGACAAACGGCGGUGUUUUGAUAACCAACGGAGAGUGUGUUAUAAGGGACUGUAAGAAUGUCGAGCUGUCGUUCAGUGACGUCACUUGCAAGACUGAUCUGCUGAAGGGGACCAAGAAGGGCACAAUUUAUCUAACACCAUACAGGCUGUUGUUUGUGUCCAGUAAUUUCAAGGACUGCCUGGGUUCGGCCAUGUUCCCCUAUUAUUUAAUGAAAGGCUGUAGCAUUGAGCAGCCAGUAUUUGGAGCCAACUACAUAAAAGGGACUGUGUCAGCUGAGCCAGGCGGUGGCUGGGAGGGUCAGGCCCAUUUCAAAAUGUCAUUUCCCAGUGGAGGAGCCAUUGAGGUGGGACAGCACCUCUUCAAACUGGCCACAAAUGCUUCUCGUGCUGCUCCGGCUCAGAACGGUGCUGCUUCUUAUGGUUAUCCUUCACCUGGAAUGAUGAAUGGUUAUGGUCCAUCUUCACCUGCUCCCAACAGCUACCCGUACCCACCUCCUCCCCAGCAGAAUGGGUUCUACCAGGGUCCUCCUCCGGCUCCUGCUGCAGGCAAUAUGGGCUAUCCCUAUCCAGCAGCAGCAGGAAUGUAUCCAUCUGGGCUCGACUACAUGGCCCCCCCUCCUCCGUACCCAGGGCCCCCACAAAAUUGGACUCCACCACCUCAGAACUGGGCCUCUGCACCUCCUCCAGGUAACUCAAAGGCAGCCGAAGCAGCAGGCAGCGCAUAUUAUAAUCCCAGCAAUCCGCACAAUGUCUACAUGCCGGCGGAGCGCCCUCCUCCUUAUGCACCUAAUCCAGACUUUCCUGAGAAGAAGAACAACUGAAGCUCAGUGACACUCCGGUUUAUUUUCUCUGAUUCCUUAAAUAUAUUUUAGAGUGAGGCGAAAUGAUGAGGGACUCAGUUAUAGAACACAGACGGGUCACGCCGUGCUGAACGAGGUCAGCGGUAUUAAACACAUAAUCGAUGAAACAGUCUUUAAAGUGCUGUUUUCACAUUCCUUAAUUCUUCCUUUUCUAACCGUUCUGAUUCUCUAACACAAGUAGGGCCUGAGCUGCCUCUGGUUUGAAAUUUAAAGUAGGAGGCAGUGCAUUUAAUAAAAAAUAAAAAAACUUCAGAAUUUCAGCUUUCUUAUCAAACACUUUGUACCUGUUUAUUCAUGGUGGUUCCUGUACUUUAUUAACAAGAGAGAAUUCUUCUACAUGUAGAGUUUUGUUCCUCGGUAUCAUAAAGAGUACUGUGCUUUAUAGAUUUUGUCCAAAAACGCAUCUGCUUUUAAUAGUGUUACAUAACAGAUUGUCAUAUUUUAUAGUACUAUUUGAAAGUUUUCCUUCAUCUGUGAUCAGUGUGAUCCUGCACUCGGUCGCAUCAGAGCUUAAAUAACUUGCUGUGUUUGAUCAAUCUCAUAACAUCUGUAUCGGAUGGUUUGUCCUGGAAAGAUGCCGAGUCAUGUUUGAUAAGGGGAUCAGAAGGAUUUCUUCUGAAAGGCCACUUUUGGCUUCCACUGUAUUCACACAAACUAAAGCCGAGCUGAGACCAGAACUGGGCUCUUCCAGUCAUUAUACUAGUGUGGGGUUAAAGGGCCACAUGGAUAUAUUCAGGGUCCGUCAGUUUUUUGCUUGCUGUUGAUUAUUCUGAAGUCGGAGCAUUUAUUGCAGAUUGAAGGGGAGUGAGAGGCUAACGGCCUUUACAAUCACUUCCUCCUCAAUCAGUUACAACUGAUGUGAUUAUUUGCACAGAUGUGGUGGGUAGAAGAGUGUGGAGAGAGAAGUUUGUCUGAUUAAAUCACAUUUCUGUAUAUUAUUAACUUUUUAUUUGACGUUCCAGUUCUUUUUGCUGAAUUUGUCUUGAUUUAAAAUCUAAUAAAGUCAAUUGUUG